CGCGUGCUGGAGAACUCGGCCCCGCACCUCCUGGACGUGGACGGGGAGAGCGGGCUGCUCUACACCAAGCAGCGCAUAGACCGCGAGGCGCUGUGCCGGCGCAGCGCCAAGUGCCAGCUGUCCCUCGAGGUGUUCGCCAACGACCAGGAGAUCUGCAUGAUCAAGGUGGAGAUCCAGGACCUGAACGACAACGCGCCAACGUUCCCCUCUGACCAAGUGGACAUGGACAUCUCAGAAAAUGCUGCGCCGGGCACCCGCUUCCCCCUCACCAGUGCCCAUGACCCGGAUGCUGGGGACAACGGGCUGCGCACCUACCUGCUCACCCGUGAUGACUAUGGCCUCUUCUCCCUCGAUGUGAAGUCCCGUGGGGAUGGCACAAAGUUUCCGGAGCUGGUAAUCCAGAAGCCAUUAGACCGUGAGGAGCAGAGUCACCACACCCUGGUACUGACGGCGCUAGACGGCGGUGACCCACCACGCUCGGGCACAGUGCAGAUCAACGUGCGCCUCAUUGACUCCAAUGACAACAGCCCCGUCUUUGAGGCAGCCUCCUACGUGGUAGAGCUGCCAGAGAACGCGCCCCUGGGCACUGCUGUCAUUGACCUUAAUGCCACCGAUGCCGAUGAGGGUACCAACGGAGAGGUGCUCUACUCCUUCAGCGGCUAUGCACCCGAGCGUGUCCGUGACCUGUUUAGCAUUGACCCACAGAGUGGCCUCAUCCGUGUCAAGGGCAACCUGGACUAUGAGGAGAGUGGCCUCAUCGAGAUUGACGUACAGGCUCGGGACCUGGGGCCCAAUCCCAUCCCCGCUCACUGCAAGGUCACCGUCCGCCUCAUCGACCGCAAUGACAACGCACCCACCAUUGGCUUUGUCUCUGUUCGUCAGGGAGCACUGAGUGAGGCUGCCCCACCAGGCACUGUCAUUGCCUUGGUGCGGGUCACCGACCGUGACUCGGGCAAGAACGGGCAGCUCCAGUGCCGGGUGCUGGGCGGUGGUGGUGGGCCCGGAGCCGUCCCUUUCACCCUGGAGGAGAAUUAUGACAACUUCUACACUGUGGUCACUGAUCGGCCCCUGGACCGUGAGGCACAGGAUGAGUACAACGUGACCAUCGUGGCACGUGAUGGGGGCAACCCUCCACUCAACUCCACCAAGUCGUUUUCUGUCCGGAUCCUCGACGAGAACGACAACCCACCCCGCUUCAGCAAGAACCUCUAUGUACUACAGGUCCCUGAAAACAACAUCCCUGGAGAGUACCUGGGCUCCGUCUUGGCCCAGGACCCUGACCUGGGCCAAAAUGGGACAGUCUCUUACUCCAUUCUGCCUGGGCAUGUGGGCGAUGUCUCCAUCUACACCUAUGUCUCCGUCAACCCCACCAAUGGUGCUAUCUAUGCCCUGAGGAGCUUCAACUACGAGCAGACAAAGCACUUUGAGUUUCGUGUGCUGGCCAAAGACUCGGGUUCACCCCACCGUGAAAGCAACGCCACAGUGCGCGUCACCGUGCUCGACGUCAACGACAACGCGCCCCUCAUUGUCCUGCCUGCCCUCAUCAAUGACACUGCUGAGCUGCAGGUGCCACGCAAUGCAGGGGUGGGCUACCCCGUGGGCACCGUCCGCGCCUUGGACAGUGACUUUGGGGAGAGCGGGCGCCUCACCUAUGAGAUUGUGGAAGGCAAUGAGGAGCACCUCUUUGAGAUGGACCCCACUAGCGGUGAGAUACGCACUUUGCACCCCUACUGGGAGGAGCUCAGCCCUGUGGCUGAACUGGUGGUAAAAGUCAGUGACCAUGGCAAGCCUAGCCUCUCUGCAGUGGCCAAGCUCAUUGUCAGGGCCUUGGCCGGGCCCCUGCCUGAGGCUGGUGAGCCGCAGGUGAAUGGCGAGCAGCAUCGGCGACCGCACUGGGACUUGUCGCUGCCCCUGAUCGUGACGCUGAGCACUGUCUCCAUCAUCUUGCUGGCUGCCAUGAUCACUAUUGCCGUGAAGUGCAAGCGAGAGAACAAGGAGAUCCGCACCUAUAAUUGUCGCAUUGCUGAGUAUAGCCACCCUCAGCUGGGAGGAGGGGGAGGCAGUGGCGGGGGAGGAGGAGGCAGUGGCAGUGGAGGGAGCAAGGGCAAGAAGAAGAAGAUCAGCAAGAAUGACAUUAUGCUGGUGCCCAGUGAGGGCGAGGACAGCCGGGGCCCCCUCAAUGUCAUGAACGUGGUGAGCAGCCCAUCCCUGGCCACCUCACCCAUGUACUUUGACUACCAGACCCGCCUGCCCCUCAGCUCUCCCAGGUCUGAGGUGAUGUACCUGAAGCCUGCCUCCAACAACCUGACUGUACCCCAGGGACAUGUGGGCUGCCACACCAGCUUCACAGGGCAAGGGACUAACGCCAGCGAGGCUCCCCCGAGCCGGAUGUCCAUAAUUCAGACAGACAAUUUUCCCGCAGAGCCCAAUUACAUGGGCAGCAGGCAGCAGUUUGUUCAAAGUAGCUCCACGUUCAAGGAUCCAGAAAGAGCCAGCUUGAGGGACAGCGGGCAUGGGGACAGUGAUCAGGCUGACAGUGACCAAGACACUAACAAAGGCUCCUGCUGUGACAUGUCUGUUAGGGAGGCACUCAAGAUGAAAACUACUUCAACUAAAAGCCAGCCACUUGAACAAG